AUGCCACGCUUCGGCUCGCGGAUAAGAUUUCUGACGCUGAUAGUCUUGGUUUACAUAUUGUGGUGGUUGAUUUUUGAUGCAUCAGGGAAUGAAAAGUAUGCAGGAUUGCCGAAUUAUAUUGCAGUAGACCACAAUAGAUUUGAUCAAUAUUGCAUGAGAAAAAGGAAUAUUGAUAUUUUAGAGGAAAUUGGUUCAAAUGAACGACAAGGAAGAAACCCGGAAGCACGACAUAUUGUAUUCCUCAAAGUUCACAAGGCAGCCAGUUCUACAGUACAAAAUAUCUUCAUGCGUUUUGGGGCUGUACGGAAUCUUGUGUUUAUGCUGCCAAAAAGUAAUAGUAAUGUGAUAAGUCUUACUAAUUCAGUAUCUGAACAAAAUGUCCUUCAUCCACCAAUCGGAAGAAGGUAUGAUAUACUUUGCUGUCAUGUGAUUUAUAACAAAUCUGCAAUGCAGACUAUCAUGCCCAAGGAUACAGUUUAUGUAGGUUUAGUCCGGCAUCCAUUUGGACAAUUCCUAUCCACUAUCAGGUAUUUCCAUCCAAAGGAAUUCUUCAAUAUUUCAGGACCUCAUAAACUAAAAACAUUUCUAUAUAACCCAACCAGAUAUGUUCAAAGAUCUGCAGUUGGGAAUUUUCUUAAUAACAGAAUGGCUUAUGAGUUCAAUUUUCCGCAUUUUUUAUUUGUUAAUAAAAAUAAAAGCAGUAUACAAACGUAUUUACGGAAGCUUGAAAAGGAGUUCCACAUGGUACUUGUGGCGGAUUUCCUGGAUGAAUCUUUAAUUCUGAUGAGAAGAUUACUCGGUUGGCAGUUGAAGGAUAUAAUACAUCGACGUAUUAACGAUGGGAAGUACUGGUUCACCAAAGUUCCAAAAAUGAAAACAGCAAUCAAAGAACUCCACAAACAAUGGGCAGCAUUGGACUAUGCUUUAUAUGAUUUCUUUAACAAACGUUUGUCCGAAAAAAUAAAGUCAGAAGGGCAAGACUUUCAGAAGGAACUCCUUUACUUCAAAAGAAUUCAGAGAGACGUAGAAUCGUUUUGUUUGAGAAACGUGAAUGAAAGUAUGAUUGUUCACGCUUCGCCAUGGAACGAUCAAUUCGAAAUCACAGAUCUGGACUGCCUAUAUAUGAUUAUCGGAGAGGAAGUUUUUAUUCAGGAAAUACGUCAUAGACAAUAUGUACAAAGAUAA